CUCUGCUCCGUCAGAAGCCAUCCCCGUUUAACUCCAUGGGACAUCUUGCCAGGUAAGUUUAUAAAAAGAUGCUGUCCUGGACUUCUUGGAUGCAGAGGAACAGUGGGAGGAAACAGUGGUCAUAGGGAGAAGAGGGAGAAGACUGGGAAGAGGGCGUGUCAGAAACUGAAGAGGUAACAGGGCUUAGUGAGCGGAGGGAGUCGGUGAAGAGAGAAGUCCAGAAUCCGAGGCAGAAGCUGAAGCAGGAGAGGAGGGAGGCCAAGAGGCAGAGAUGAAUUGGGCUGGUGGAGAAGCAUAGGUUUCUGCGCCUCCUGCUGCAACAUGCUCCCAUCCACACUGGUCUCCCAGGACCCGGAGAUGCAUGAAAAGGGCAGAGGAGACAUUGGCUGCAGGCAGGCAGCGUCCCCAGUUCCUUGGGGAAAUCCCUGGUGAGGAGGGAUUUCAGACUCAGCAACUGAUUUUCAUGGAGGAAGAUCACCGGGAAUGAGCUUCUCUGCUCAUUAAGCCUGACACUCAGCCAAGUCUGUGGAGGUUCUGCUAAUGAGGAGUUAACUCCAUCCUUGAUCUGCAUGAUUACUGACCGACAGGCUCCUGUGACAGAUGCUGUUUGACUGGUGUUCUUGGGCUGGUAGGCUCGCAACAUCUGGAGGGGAAAGGGAACGUAACUUCCCACCUCUGCUCCAUAGGAAAGGGUUUUGAGAAAGAGAGAAAUGAGGCAAGGAAAUCGCUCUCACCCCAGUAGCUGCCUUUGCUACGGCAGAAGUGCAUGUGAUCAGGUGCGAAAAAGAAAAAUAUCAGAGGCUGGAGCAAGAGGGAACAAGGCCUUGAAGUUGCCAGUUUGCAGUGCAUGGCAAGUGUACAAAAACACCUGGUUAGCAAUGGCUACUAAUUCUACUGCUUGCAUUCUGCCUCCACUGUCAAACACAUUAUGCUUCUGAAUGGCCACUCACUGGAAACCACAACAUGAAAGAGUUGCUUUUGUGCUCAGUUCCUGCUCACAGGCUUCCCAGAGGCAUCUAGUAAGCCACUGUGAGAAUAGGAUGCUGGAUUUAAUGAACCAGCUGCGCUGAAAGCAUUUCAAUUGCUGCGGGGGCAGCUGGGCAAGUGCGAUUUUGAAUUGCGCUUUCUAUUUUUAUUCCGGUGGUCUGUGGCGAAUUUGCUUCCUGUGCUGUGAACUUUUUAACUGCUGCUGGUUUUUAACACUGAAAUAGUGUACUGGAAACUCAUUGCAGUGUUUUGAUAUUUUGCAUGGUUUAAAAUAAAAAAGAAUAAUCCUGUAAGCCACCUUGUGAGAGUAAUGUGUCCUGAAAGAUGUGACAAAGGUGCAUUAAAUAUUUUUUUUAAGCACUUGGAACCUCUUGACCAGAACCACAGUCAGAAAUAGUGUGAUAUUCCUAAAAAUGAAGUGGCUUUUAAAAUAAUAAUAAAAAAAACCUGAACAUUUACAGAAGAGUUUACUGGAAUGUCCUUAAGGGCUCCCAGCUUUUCUUGCGUCUUCCUCUCCCUCCACACACACCACCACUCCUUAGGCUACAACCCAUUGGCCAGUUCAGGUGGGGUGGGGCCAGCCAGACAUAAGCACUUCUCCCCUUGACCUCCUAAUACCACAUCCCUUCACUUCAUAGGCCAGAGUAGUUGUGCCUGGAGGAGAGGGGGGAAUAGUUCUCUUUCUUCUAUGGGGCUGAGUUAACAACCUCAGCUGCAGCCGCCACUCCUCCCUCUUCCGCCAGUGUGGAAUAGUAAAAAGCUGGAAGCUUUGGUUUGUGCAUUAGCCAAUGCAGCAGAGGAGAAUGUUCCCUGGGGGCGUUGGUCAGCUUCUGGAGAAAUAAAAGAGGAGGAGGAGGAGAGAGCCAUCUACCUCUCCCUUUUCUCCUUCCUCCCCUUUCUCUCUCUUUCUCCCAUGCUUUGUGUUGCUAGGCACACAUGUCUUGCAGAAUGGUCAUGAUCAAGAUGGGGACCUUUGUAUUCUUGUAAUUGAAGAAGAGAGAGUUGUGUCCAUCUCUGGGUGCUUCCAGGUCAUUCAUUCUGAUCUGGUUGAGGGGAGGCCAGAUUUCAUGGCAUCAAAGCCACUGUUACUCCCACAUUCUCUGGCACAUUUCCUUAUUGCAAAAGGUCCAGACUUUUGGAGGAGCUGCUUGUUGUGCGAACAAGGCCUCCCAACCAGCUCUAAUAGCAUGACCUAACCAGCACAGCAUACAUCACGAUCGUUUUGCACAAAGUUCUGGGUGCCACAAUAAAGAUGCUGAUAAGUUGGGACGUGUGCAGGGGAGUGCAGCCCAGAUGAUCAAGGGUCUGGAAGCCAAGCCUUAUGAGGGAUGGUUGAGGGAACUGGGUAUGCUUAGCCUGGAAAAGAGGAAAUAUGAUAGCCAUCUUCAAAUAUCUGGAGGGCUGUCACAUGAAAGAUGGAGCAAGCUUGUUUUCUCCUGCUCUAAGAGGCUAGGACCCAAACCAAUGGCUUCAAGUUACAAGAAAGGAGAUACCAACUAAACAUCAGGAAGAACUUUCUGACCAUAAGAACUGUUUGACAGUGGAGGUUUUACCUGUCAUGCAUGCUUUAAUCGAGAUUCCUUCAUUGCAGAGUGUUGAAUUAGAUGACCCUCGGAAUCCUUUCCACAAUGCUAUGAUUCUGUGAAAGUUUGCAGGUGUGUUAGAUGACAUCAGUGAUGCCGCGUUUGUUCUGGGUUUGUUUGCAGGGAUGUUAGAAGAUGUUCCAUCAAGCAAUUGUCAUUCCACACUUUCCAGUGCACUUCUCCAUCAUUUUUCUGGGAUGUAGAGGGACUCUGGGAUUUCUGGCAUAAGAGCAUCAAAUCAACUUCAGCAAUGCAACCUGAGUUUACUGAUUGAAUCCCACCCAGUCUGGAAGUGCCUGCAGUUUUGUUUUGUUUUUCCACAUCAAAAUCCAUUUGUGGUCCUUACCCCAGGCUUGUUUUUUUUUCAUUUCGGCAGCCUCAUUUUUGGUGGUAGUGGUUUGUGUGUGUAUUUGCUAUUGUUAAACAAGCCUCAGUGACCUACUUCAAAUCACUCAGAGGGCAGAAGUGGCCAAUGUGGCAGCAGCCAGAUGCUGUGGACUUCAGCUCCCAUCAUCCCUGACCUAUUGGUUUGCAUUUAAAGGAAAAGCUACCCAUUUCACACUUUCUGAAGCAAUAUGUGAACUCUUCAUGGGGAUGAAAAUGUCCUCGUUUUAAUUGCCACCAGAGAUUUAUCAAGCCGUUUGUGGAUUUCCAAAUACUGCACAGCGUUUCUCCAAAUGUUGCAAUGUAGCCCUCCAGCCGAGUGGGGCAAAGUGUCCAUAAAAAUGGAUAUGUUGGUGAAAGGGACAUUAAAAAUGCAUUAUAUUGGGGGGGGAGCGCUUUGCAAAAGUGUUGUUUAUCAUGCACAAUUAUUAUUACUAAAUUGCAUGCAAAAAUGUGCCUAUUAGGAUAACUUUGCCCUAAAAUGCUGGUGGAUUUUCAUGAGGACUUCUUUUAAAAAACCACAAACUGAUGUGGGAAUGUGGAGUGCUGAAUUUAAGGCUGGGAAACUGAAAGAAACCAAAAUCAAUUGAUUCGCCCAUCUCAUUGGCCAUGCUGGCUGGGAACGAUGGGAGCUUUAGCAGACUCUGGCUUGAGGAGUGCAGGGCAAGACUGCCUGGCACUCACAGUCUCUGUUGUCCCAUGGAAUGUAACUGCCCCUGUUGAUCAUGUUGAUCAGCUAUAACGACUCUGGGGCAGAGGUGCACUUAGGUAAUCUUAGCUCACUUCCAGGUGACUUGCUUGUUGCACAUUCAUCCUGAUCAGUUUGCACAAACUUCACAGGGAGGUUAGAUGGCUGUUUAUUGAGCAUUCGUUCCAUUUUGCUUGUGGGGAGGUUAGACAACAUUGUGCCAAGCUGUUGUUCUCUCACAUUUUCCAGAGCAUUUUCCGUUUCUUUAUUGCAAAAGAGUCCAGGGGUGUGGGGGGGGGGGGGUGCAAGCAGGUUUGUUGCACAAAAGCACUAGAACAACUUGAAUUGCAGGGCCUGAAAUUGUGGGAUUGAAUCCCACACAAAUUUAGCGACACUCUGAAAAGGCCCUUAGACACCGGUCUUUAUAGUUUUUUGAAAAGCCCCUGCUUUAGAAGCAGUGGGAUUUAAUCACAUACCAGCAGCUAAUGGGCAUUGAUUAGGUAAAGAUAAAGGGACCCCUGAACAUUAGGUCCAGUCGUGACCGACUCUGGGGUUGCGGCACUCAUCUCGCUUUAUUGGCCGAGGGAGCCGGCGUACAGCUUCCGGGUCAUGUGGCCAGCAUGACUAAGCCGCUUCUGGCAAACCAGAGCAGCACACGGAAAUGCCGUUUACCUUCCCACUGGAGUGGUACCUAUUUAUCUACUUGCACUUUGACGUGCUUUCGAACUGCUAGGUUGGCAGGAGCAGGGACCGAGCAACGGGAGCUCACCCCGUUGUGGGGAUUCAAACCGCCAACCUUCUGAUCGGCAAGUCCUAGGCUCUGUGGUUUAACCCACAGCGCCACCUGCGUCCCUGGGCAUUGCUUAUCUUACCUCAAAAUGUGGGAAGCAGUGCUUUUUCCUGGUGGCAUGCAGCAAUACACAGUACUACCACUUUGUGGUUUUUUAGGGGGGUGGAAGGGCUCUUUGAACUCUUCAGAGCAUCGCAUCUCCUUCCCCAAGGCCAGGAAGCAUUUGCCUCACUUAGCAUUUGCCUCGCUCUGGUAGGAUCCUGAAGCUCUGCUGCCUCGUUCUCAAAGCCGGCCAGGGGAGGCCUAUUCACCUGGGUGGGUGGGCAAAGGAGCGUCAAGCGGCUAGCCUGACCUCACUGCCCAGCCUUGGCUUCAGGCCACGCCCCUCCUCCACCUGCUUGCUGGCAGCAGCACUGGGUAUAGGGGGCAGAGGGGGCUUCGGCUCCCCCAAAAUGUUUUGGCAAGGGCAGCACAUCAACACAUCACAUGACUGCACUCCCUCCAUGUGGGGGGGGGGGCAAGUCAACACCCUUCUGGCCAGUGAAAACCAGCACUUUUAUUUUACCUAGAUGAAAAGCACUGGUGCUAAGCCAGCCCUUCUAAAUGGGGCUCUGGGCUUUUGCACUAAAGUCCUGUCUUGAUGGCUCCAUUUGUUGGUUUCCCAGGGAACAUAAUUGUUGUUGUUGUUUAGUCGUUUAGUCAUGUCUGACUUCGUGACCCCAUGGACCAGAGCACGCCAGGCACUCCUGUCUUCCACUGCCUCCCGCAGUUUGGUCAAACUCAUGCUGGUAGCUUCCAGAACACUGUCCAACCAUCUUGUCCUCUGUCGUCCCCUUCUCCUUGUGCCUAAAUCAUUCCCAACAUCAGGGUCUUUCCAGGAGUCUUCUAUUCUCAUGAGGUGGCCCAGUAUUGGAGCCUCAGCUUCACGAUCUGUCCUUCCAGUGAGCACUCAGGGCUGAUUUCCUUAAGAAUGGAUACGUUUGAUCUUCUUGCAGUCCAUGGGACUCUCAAGAGUCUCCUCCAGCACCAUAAGUCAAAAGCAUCAAUUCUUCGGCGAUCAGCCUUCUUUAUGGUCCAGCUCUCACUUCCAUACAUCACUACUGGGAAAACCAUAGCUUUAACUAUACGGACCUUUGUUGGCAAGGUGAUGUCUCUGCUUUUUAAGAUGCUGUCUAGGUUUGUCAUUGCUUUUCUUCCAAGAAGCAGGCGUCUUUUAAUUUUGUGGCUGCUGUCACCAUCUACAGUGAUCAUGGAGCCCAAGUAUGCCAAGCAGGGAACACAAUAGUGGGACAAAAAAUAGAAUCUCUUAGACCCGUGGCUAGAAAUCACGAGGCGAAAGGAAGUGUGGACCAGCCCUAGCUCUGCCUAACAGCAGAGCCGGCCCUGCCUGCUUGCGACAUCUUCCUAUGACCACAUGAUAAACAAUAACAAUGCAACCACAACAAACCAGCCGUGCUUAAAAAAAAAAGCAGGCCACAUGCCUAGAGGCAGGAGUCCUGGGUCCAAAUUCAUCUCUUGACACACUCCCUCUCUCAGACAUCUAUCUUCUGGAGUGGCAGUCUCCAAACUUUCCAGAUCCAGCCCCGCUUUUGACUUAAACAUGCAUUUGGGGACCCAUCUCUUCAUCUUUUUACCAUAAAUUUGCAUGGUGGGAAGUGUCCCUGUUGCGACCCACCUUGGAUGAGGCUGUGAUCCACUAGUCCAUGGUUUCCCAAACUUGGGUCUCCAGCUUGUUUUUGGACUGGAACUCCCAUCAUCCAUAGUUAGCAGGUCGGGGAUGAUGGAAAUUGUAGUCCAAAAACAGCUGGAAACCCAAGUUUGAGAAACAGUGGACUUGUUGUUGUUUAGUCGUCUAGUCGUGUCUGACUCUUCGUGACUCCAUGGACCAGAGCAUGCCAGGCACUCCUGUCUUCCACUGCCUCCCGCAGUUUGGUCAAACCCAUGCUGGUAGCUUCGAGAACACCGUCCAACCAUCUCGUCCUCUGUUGUCCCCUUCUCCUUGAUGUUUCCCAACAUCAGGGUCUUUUUCCAGGGAGUCUUCUCUUCUCAUGAGGUGGCCAAAGUAUUGGAGCCUCAGCUUCACGAUCUGUCCUUCCAACAGUCCUUCCUUUGCCUGAUUCUAGUGCAGACAUAGGCACAGUAUAUUAUUCCCCCAAAGGCAUCUCCAACCUCAACCCCCAAAAAGCAGCAGCGAGAGGAUGUUUUUUCCCCAGAUCGGGAAACGGGGGCUUGCCCUAGAAAAUAGUGACAUUGGGAAGUUUCUGUAUGGAGAAGCGAGAGUGAGUGUUUGGCGGUGAGAGACCGAGACCGAGAGAAAUCAAUGCCCACAAAGUGUUUUUGUUUCGUUUUUUAAAAAACAAAACCACUAGAGGGAGUCCCACAUGACUCUGAUUCUGUAAACAAGGGUAUAGGGAUUUCCACUGUAUUUCACAAAUCACUUGCAUUUCUCUUGCACCUGUGUGCAGUGGGAACAAGCCAGCCAAAGUGAAGCACACGAAAAUGCCAUGGGCAUUGAAGGCUGCCAUCCCAGAGUCUUCAAGUGUCCCUGUUUUCCAGGGACAGUCCUGGAUUUACAGAAGCCGUACCAGAUUCUGAUUUGAUCCCAGAAUGUCCCGCUUUUCCUUAGGACGUUCCUAUUUUCAUCAGAGAAAUGUUGGCGGGUAUGGAGCUAUGCAACCCUCCAAGCUAAGUAGAUAAGUAGCUAGACAACCUUUAGAAGAUAUCUGAAGGCUGCCCUGUGUAGGGAAGUUUUUAAAUGUUUUAUUAUGCAUUUAUAUAUGAUGGAAGCUGCCCAGAGUGGCUGGGGAAACCCAGUCACAUGAGCAGGGUAUUAGUAUUACUAUUUAUUGUUGAAUAGGAUGUUGCUAUUUCCAUCGGAGAAAUGUUGGAGGGUAUGCCACCCUAGGCACACUUACUAGGGUCUGUGGAAUAAACCUCACUGAAUAUACAGGGGGGGUUGCUUCCACAUAAACACGACAUUGGAAUUCCCUGUUAAAUUUCUGGCUCUUGGCUCGGCUUUGUACACUGAGUCAAAUCUUAGACCUAAUGGACCUGCAGCCAACCAGAACCUACAUUUGCCAGCAACGCCAUCCUUCACUGGUCCUUAACUUGUUGCCAGGGGCUGGUUCCUGCAUCAGUCUUCAAUGCCAGGGGUCAGGCUAGCAACGCAGGGAGUAAGAAUACACAACAGCACCUCUGUGCAGGUACAGAGUGCGUCUCCCUUACCGUGGGGGAUAAUUAUGGAUAAUUUUCACAUCGUGGAUUAGGGAGAAAAGUAUCCAGAUCAGACAUCACGCUCUUGAGCACUGUCACCUCUUUUCCUAGAUGUGAAGCAUAUGUUCUCUCCCCCACCCCAACCCCAUGCGCAGCUGGCCUUGCCUAGCCAUGCCACAGGAUGCUCGUGAACAGAUGGGUGUUGACCACUUGAUGAUUUGUCUCUCAGGUCUGGUCUGAGGAGGAAAUGUGGGGAGGGUGAAAUGGACUGUACCACUUCGGGCUAGAGGUGGGGGAAAACAAGUUUAGAUGCUCCCCCGCCUUUAAAAACAAACCCACUUCCUGCAAGGAGAAAACUAACAUAGCUCUUUGCUAGAUCUAUCUAGUUUUCUAUCUGGAGGGAGGUUAGUUUUUUAAAAUAAUGUAAACAAGCAUUUUUUUAAAAAAAUGCGCUCAUCUCUAACUUGAAGUGGCACAGUCCAUUUUUGAGCACUUCUGCAGAUACUUGCCUUCCAAAGGCCAUGAAUGAAAUGAUGUAUCCAGGCUGUUACACUGAGGAUGUGAGUGGCACCAAAAUUUUGUUCCACAGGAAGUAGCAGCUGUGGUGGGUGGGACUCACAGUCAUACGGGCAGAGCUGGCACUGCUUAUGGGCACCGCAUGAUCCUCGUUCCGCCUUUGUGAGAAAGUGAUGUGGCAGCACUUAUUACUUUGGAACUCACUGCCUACUGAUGCCAGGCAGGGGCCUACACUGGGAGUUGCAGUCCAGCGGCAUUUGGAGGACCCACAGAUUCCCCUGAAUGAGUGAGUUGGGCCUGAGCUGCAAUAGCAUCACUACCACCAUAAGGAGCAAUAAGAAACAUUUAAUACGGUUUUUGCAAAAUAAACAGAUGGGGGUUCUGGCCAACUCAAAUCGUGCUCAGAGUAGGCUCAUUGAAACUAAUGGGCCUACUUUAGCUGUUUCAGUGAGUCUCCCCUGAACAGGGGAUGCCAACCCGGAUCAAAAAAAUGCAUGAUUUGAACUCCAGGCUGAUCCCAGUUCUGUUGGCAUUGGCCUUUAACAGAGGGUCCCUGAUGCGCUGAAAUGGCAUCAGAAAAUGAGAAUGGAGCAAAAGGGAAAGGAAGGAGAGAGGCGAGGAGAAACAGAAUGGAAAUAAAUAGCCUUUCAGAGCUGGAAGGGGUCCCAGAAGGCCCUGCAGACUGACUCCUGGCUCAGUGCAGGGAUCUUGCAUCUACAGCAUCGCUGACAGAUGGCCCCACAGCCUCUGCUUAAACACCACCAGUAAAGGAGAGACCACCAUCCCCCCAGGCAGGGUCUUAUGCAUUAGACUUGUGUUGGAUGCUAGAUUCAUAAAGGCUGGAAGCCAAGGCCUCCAAUCACAUUUUAGAAAUGCUGAGGGGAUAUUAUUUGUUUGUUUAGAUUUAUAUUCCACUUGUCCUUUAAGGAGCUCAAAGUGGCAUACAGAGUUCUCCCUCUCCCCCUUUUAGCCCCACAACAACAACCCCACCAAGUAGAUUAAGCCAAGAGUGAGUGGUUGGCCUCCAAGAAUCUGCGAAUGUGUCAAUUUCCGUUUCUCUCUGUUUUUAAUUUCCUCAAUCCUAAAUUCAGAUCUCUCUUUCUCUUUCUCUUUCUCAUGAAACUUCAUCAGCGUUUGAGCCCAAAUCUCUCCCGAUAAACACACGUCUCCACGCCAUUUCUGCCUCAUAUCUGGCUGCAAGAAAUUCCCCCUCGUAUAAUGCACCUUCGCACGCCGUUGUCACAACCAUGCGUGCAUUUUUACGCACGCUUUCGCCCUAGAGCGUGCCUUUUUUGUACACAUUCCUUGACCGGGAAAGUGCAAGAUUCGGGGACGUGCGCGCUCAAAAGGACAGCGGCUCUGGGAGCACAUAGCCAAACAUUCCUCUUUGCCGGUAAAACCAGCAGGUUAGUGAGGCAGGUUGGCGAGUGAAGGCCAAUUGCUGCUGAAGGCUGGAAGCAGCGGAGCGCAGAAACUUUGCAGCGCCCUGGGCCAGAGAGAGAGAGAGAAUGAGAGAGAGAGAGAGAGAAGUGAUUAUUUAUAGUUGGCAGGAGCGGGGAGAGGACACGAGAGGGAGGGAGGGAGGGAGGGAGGGAGGGAUGAAAUGAUAAAGAGAAUGACACACAGAGUGGAAGAAAUAGAGCGUGAGGAGGAAGCUGCCCCGCUUGCAGGUGCUGGGGGGCAGCAGCUGGAGACCCCCCUGGUCUGUGAUAGGUGAGUCCUUUGGAGGGAUGUGUGCUGGGGUGGGUCGGGAAGGGGCAUUCUUUUCUCGGUUGGGGGUCGCUUGGGAGCAAAGCUUGGGAGAGGGAGAAGUGUUUACUAGUUGUUUACUAGAGGAAAGAACCCAGGAGUCCGAGGUGGGGACCUUGCCAGGCUAGCCCUCCUCCUCUUCUUCUUCUUCUUCUUCUUCUUCUUCUUCUUCUUCUUCUUCUUCUUCUUCUUCUUCUUCUCUUACCCCCUACCCACACCGCUGCUCCCCUCCCCUCGCCCGCAAAUCUGCGGAGAUUUUGACAGCUAGGGAAAGCGGAUUCUUUCAACCUCCCAGCUCAAGCCUACAAAGAAUCCUCUCCUGCCCCAAGAAGGGAGACUCGCCCCUCUAGGACCCCGUUUCGAGAAUCCUGAGCUGGAUUACCUCCCCCACCGCCUUCAAAGGAAAAACCAGCAUAGACCCCCAGAUCCCUCCCACAGAUAAGGACAACAACUGGAGAGAAGCUGCUAAGACUCUGCUGCCCUCUCAGGCGGAGGGAUAAAAGGCCCCAGAAGAACUCUGCCCUUUGCUCUAAGCCUCUAGCCACUAGCCACUACUUCCCUCCCAUGCCCACGACAUUUGGAGAAAGUCAUGCUUCAAACGAAAACAGGGAGUUUUCCAGGGCUGCUGGUCAAUCAGUUGGAUGGAUCGAUGAGAAAUGUUGUGGGUGGCUGAAAAUACUUUAAAAUGAAAUGGUGAUUUCCCACAUUUUUUGAACAGGGGUCUUUGCCUCUUCUUAAGAGGAUGCCUGCUGUAUUUGACCCACGAACAAGAAAGUAGGGGGUGUGGGCCGUUGUUGUUGUUAUUUACUGUUUGUUUUAUUUAUAUCCCACCUUUGUCUCCAAGGAGCUGAAGGUGGUUCUUCCCCAUCUCAUUUAAUCCUCUCAACAACCCUUUGAGGUAGGCAGGGCUGACUAGCCCGUGGUCUCCCAGUUAGGUUCACAGCUAAGUGGGGAUUUGAACCCUGGUCUUGCAGUAUGCUCCAUUUCUUUAGAUUGAUUCCCCUCCCCUCAAGUAUGUAAAGGUAUGCAGAUUUCAUUGAUUAAUCCAGGGGUGGGGAGCCACAGGCCUAAGGAGAGCAGAUGUGGCCCUCAGGGUCUCUCUAUAUGGCCCUUUGAGUUCUUCCCAGGCCACACCAUUUUUCUGGCCCCUCUUGAGAGCUUUUGGCUGACUAGCAUGUGGUCUUGGACUGUGACAAUGCCAUAUUUUCCAAGAUACAGAAAGUACCGGGGGGGGGAUUUGAGUGUCUGGGCCCCCGGGGGCCCCUGGACUUGGCACCAGUGAUGGGCCAUGCUCUCAGGUAAAGUAUUUUUAGGAUUUCGGCCUUAAUUGAAUGAUCACCUUAGAGAAGCCCAUAAAAUCAGGUUUGCUUGCCCCAAAACUGGAAGUUUGGUUUUGCCAUGGAAGCUGCUUUGGAAAAAUGUGUUACGAGAGGCAAAUAUUGCAUAUGUGCAUGCGUACAUUAAAGGUAAAGGGACCCCUGACCAUUAGGUCCAGUCGUGACCGACUCUGGGGUUGCGGCGCUCAUCUCGCUUUAUUGGCCGAGGGAGCCUGCGUUUGUCCGCAGACAGCUUCCGGGUCAUGUGGCCAGCAUGACUAAGCCACUUCUGGCGAACCAGAGCAGUGCACGGAAACGCAAUUUACCUUCCCGCCGGAGCGGGACCUAUUUAUCUACUUGCACUUUGACGUGCUUUUGAACCGCUAGGUUGGCAGGAGCAGGGACCGAGCAACGGGAGCUCACCCCGUUGCGGGGAUUCGAACCACCCACCUUCUGAUCAGCAAGUCCUAGGCUUUGUGGUUUAACCCACAGCGCCACCCGCAUCCCUAUGCGUACAUUAGGAGCAACUAAAAUGCUGAGCAACUUCCAUGAGGACUUCUUUACCAAAAAAAUAAAAUAAAUACAUUGCAAACUGAUGUGGGAAUGUGGAUGUUUGGAAAAAUGAGAAACUGAAGUGGACCUGUUUGCCCAAUCCUGCUCAGGUUGUGUUAUGUAUUUAUUGUGUUCACAUCCCAUAUUUUUUCUCUAAGGAGAUCAAGAUGGCAAAACGUGGUUCUCUCUCUCCUCAUCUAAUCCCCACACAACCCUGUGAGGAAGGUUAGGCUGAGAGGCCGUGAUUGGCCUAAGGCAGGCUUCCUCAACCUCGGCCCUCCAUAUGUUUUGAGACUACAAUUCCCAUCAUCCCUGACCACUGGUCCUGCUAGCUAGGGAUCAUGGGAGUUGUAGGCCAAAAACAUCUGGAGGGCUGAGAUUGAGGAAGCCUGGCCCAACGUUACCCAGUGGGAUUCCUGGCUGAGUGGGGAUUCGAACCCUGAUCUCCCAGGUCCUAGUCCUGACACUCUAACCACUAUGCCACAUUGGCCCUAGGACUGUUAUCCUCUUGGCCAGGGGUCAGCAAACUUUUUCAGCAGGGGGCUGGUCCACUGUCCCUCAGACCUUGUGGUGGGCCGGACUAUAUUUUGGGUGGGGAAUGAAUUCCUACGCCCCACAAAUAACCUAGAGAUGCAUUUUAAAUAAAAGGACCCAUUCUACUCAUGUAAAAACGCACUGAUUCCCGGACUGUCCGUUGGCCGGAUUUAGAAGGCAAUUGGGCCGGAUCUGGCCCCCGGGCCUUAGGUUGCCUACCCAUGUUCUUGGCCCAACCUCUUGCCUGAGGUGGGAAGAUGUUGGGGAGAGAAAAAUAAGCAGGGAGAUGGGGAUUUGAGGCUCCGUGAGGCCGGCGUGCAUGAAUGUCCACAGCAGGGAGACAGAUUUUUUUAAUGUCCAGGGAGCAAUGUAUGCCAGGAGCAGAGAUGAACAGAUAAGGUCAGGGUGGGUAGAGAUAGGAAUGGUUUGGGAGAGGGAGCCCAUAGGGACAGAGAGAGGGAGUUUUGCAGAGAAAGAGAGAGGGGUGUGUCAGAACAGAUCGAAGGGCUUGUAAUUACAGCUGCACAGAUAACUUGUUUUGUUUUUUUGAAAGUGUGCCUGUGUGUGGCCUUUUGCCUUUCAAUCGUUUGUUGUUUUUUUCAGUGCUAGUCUGUGUGCUGCAAUUUAUAUGGGUGACCAUUAGUAGGUUUGUCAGCAAUGGGAUACUGAACCGAAAAUUUCAUGUGCAUUUGAAAAUGUCCAGGCAGAUUUCCAAAUCCAUGUUCAACGUUAGCAAAUAUGGGUUGCGGUUCCUGAAAGCCAGCAGCCCCAACCUACCCUCAACUUCUUCAUCCAGAAAAGCCAGAAAAAUAAUUUUAACAUUAAUCAGAACACUAGGCAGGUCCUGUUCCAGGGUGUGGGGAUUUUUUGGGGGGAGGGAGGGACUUGAGUGAAAUGCCAUCUGAUGUCCCCACUCCUCGGUCAGUGGGCAGGUUUACCAGGCUAUGGUAGCAGCUUUCUAAGCUGCAGAAGGAGGCAGGAAGUGGUCACCCAUUUAAUUUCCCACAAUGCCCCAGAGUGGUGCUACAAUUAGGGCAUUGUGGGAAAAUAAAAGGGUGGCUACAUCCCGCCUCCUGGGGUUGGUCAGAAUGGCAGGCCGGAAGGACACUUCAGCUGGGUGACUGACAUUUUAAUUUCCUGCAACAAGGAGAACCCUGCUGGACCAAAGAUGAAAAACAUAUCUUAGAACGAAAACCUUUUUUUAAAUUCAAAAUUUAAACAAAACAUAUUAUCCAGAAACAUAUCAUCCUUAUUCCCCCCCCCCUCAUUUUUCCUCCCUCACCCCGCCCUCCCACACAAAACCCACCCACCCCCCACCCCCCGGCUUCCCUCAGUUCCAGUCUUUGAUUUCUCUGAGAAUGCUGUUUUCUGCAUGUUACACAGUUGUAUAGAUCCUCAAACUAUUUAGCUGAUUAUUAUCUUUUAUAUAUAUAUAUAAAUAAUUUUUAUUAUUUUCCAACACAAAUAUACAAUUCUAUCAGGUUUUCGCAAAUUUGUUUCUUUUUAGACUUCCUUCGGCUUCUCUGACAAUCAUCCAUAUUUACCUCUCAGUUUACGCAUUCCUCUGUUUAUAUUGCCAUUAAACUUCCCUCCCACUCCUAUUUCUUUUUAACAAUAUAUCUCGACUUUCACAGUGCUUCUUGAAAUCCCACCAGUGUUGUUUGCACAUCACAUGUUCUUUUCAGAUACUCAACAAAUUUCCCCCAGUCCUCGAUGAACUUUUGGUCUCGAAGAUAUCUAAUUUUCCCGGUUAAUCUGUCCAAUUCUGCAUAGUCAGUCAGCUUCAGUCUCCAUUCUUCUAUUGUCAGUAUUUCCUCUUGUUUCCAUUUCUGGGCCAGUAGAAUUCUUGCUGCUGUGGCUGCAUAUUGCAAAAGUUUACAGUCUUUUCUUCUAAUUUCAUUCCCUAUAAUUCCUAAAAGAAAGGUCUCUGGUUUCUUUACAAAUGUAUAUUUUAACAUCUUUUUCACUUCGUUAUAGAUCAUCUCCCAGAAGCCCUUCACUUUCUUACAUUCCCACCACAUAUGAUAAAACGUACCUUCUUUUUCUUUACAUUUCCAACAUUUGUUACACGUCUUAUACAUUUUUGAUAAUUUUACCGGUGUAAUAUACCAUCUGUAAAACAUUUUCAUAACGUUUUCUUUAAGUACUGUACAUGCAGUAAAUCUUAAAUUCUCUUUCCACAGUUUUUCCCAGUCCUCGAACUGAAUAUUAUAACCAAAAUCUCUAGCCCAUUGUAUCAUUACCGAUUUAACUUCUUCACCUUUGGUAUUCCAUUCCAUUAGCUGAUUAUUAUCAAUAAAAAGUUUGUGAAGGUUUAUUCAAAGCCAGCCAAGGAGUCCGGUUCGCUUUGUUGCAUCUUCAGAUACUUUGUAAAGGGUUCCCAUUCUCUUUAAAGUCACAGUUAUCCUUGUCCCAUAGCUUGUAUGUCAGUUUUGCCAGUUCUGCAUAGUCCAUCAAUUUUUCUUCCAAGAUUCUUUAGUUGGGGUUUCUUCAGUCUUCCUGUUCUCACGGAGGCCAGCCCACAAGCAGAACUUGUGUUGCAAAAACAGAACAGUCUAAACAACAACACGCAACACAAUGGCUAAUAAUACGCUAACUGAAUCUUUAAUACAUAAUAUUGUUUCUAAGUUUGUAAACAGAAGAAAUAUAUAUAUACAUAUAUAUAUAUAUAUAUAUAUAUAUAUAUAUAUAUAUAUAUAUGAAUGAAACCACAAAUAAAUAAACUGUUUCAAAGAUGAUUCUGCAGCAGCAGCUUGCUACACUUUUCGGUGAUUGCUGAUCCAUGGCUAUUUAUUGUACCUUUUAGGACAGUUAUUUGCUGAUGAAGAAUAAUCUUUGAAACAGUUUAUUAUCUGGAAAACUGUUCUGUUCGCUGCUGUGCUCGGAGUACGCCCAGAGCACCUACCAUCACACAAUUGUAGGACAUUGACUUUGGAAAGGCUUUUUGCCUCCACCUUAGAGACUGACCGCGCCUAACAAUCAUUUGAAUCUCAUUAUUUGUGUUUUCCUUUAUAUAUAGUUCUUCUGUUUAUGAACUUUGAAAGAAUAUUAUGUUAUAAAGAUUCAGUGGAAGACAGGCAUGCCUGGCGUGCUCUGGUCCAUGGGGUCACAAAGAGUCGGACAUGACUAAACAACAACAAAUUAUUAGCCAUCGUGUUGUGUGUUAUUGUUUACACAAGCAGGACUUGAGCAGGAGCUAUUAGACCAGGGAAGAGGAGCCUUUGGCCUUCCAGAUGUUGUUGGUAUAUAACCCCCAAGGAUCCAAACAGAAAGGAGAACAGCCUGCGAAAUGCUCACAAGUUCUUCAGAAGCAUUUGCCCUGAGAAUCUGAACUGAAGAAUCAACCAUGAAGUUGCAAGGCAAAAUGUCUCUUGCUGGACUCCAACUCCCAUCCUUCCUGAGCAUUAGCCAUGCUAGCUGUGGCUGAUGGGAAUGUCUUAGAAGGCCACAGGUUGCCCAUCCCUGCUCUACACGCUGAGCAGGUUCAUAACAACAUCAACAACCGACUUCCAUCAAGAGGGCUGGUGGAGGAGAGACAGAUCACUUCAAGCUCACCUGCCCCCUCCCACUAUGAGCCUUGGUCUCCCCUGCUGUUAUCCUCACAUCCUGCUCCUUCGCAGGCAGAGAACCAAAGCUAUUGAGUGAGCAGAUAGGCAGAGGCAUCUACUGAUCCUCCUUGGUUUACUGAGCCAGAAUGAGGGAUGGUGGACAAGGAGCUUGCAGUGGGGAAGAGAAAGAGCAGGCCAGUGAGCCCGCAACUGGGAUGUGGUCUCUAAGCAGAUGACCAACUAGGCUGACCCUCAAUGGCAGCUCUGGAGCGAUCGGUCCCUCUUCUACUAGCCUGCUUACUCACCUGCAUGGAAUUCCUGGUCACCUGUGGCGACCAGGCAAGUAGUUAAAUACAAGACUGGGUGCAGGAGCACACCCACCUAUAUUUCUUUGAAUUUGCAUAUCGCUUGAUGGUAGGAAACCUGCCAAAACUUGUCAAGUCUCAGGGUAGAGUGGGCAGCAGGGAGGACUGAUGCGAAGUGAGGAGAUGCAGAGGAAGCAGCAGCCCUGCUCUGGAGGCAGCUUGGUCCAUCUCUCAGUAGUUGACUAGCAGCAGCUCUCCAGGAUCUCAGACAGGAUCUUUCCCCCCAGCCCUACAUGGAGAUGCUGGGGAUCAAACCCGCCACUGAGCCGGCUGCUUCGAUCCCAAGGGAGAAGCCUCUGCAUGAGCCUCUCGUUCAGAAAGGGCCUACGCACAUGCAAGGCAGGAAAUGGCUGAGGCUAGAAAGCCAACACACAUCGAGGGCAGGAGAAUGGACAGGAGUAAGAAACAAGCAGACAGGAAGUGGGCAGAGAUGGAUAAAGGAAGGGGCACGCAGAACAUUGGCUGUCCAUUUGAUACCCAACCAAGUUCAGGGUGUUACUCUUGGUAUAUAAAGCCCUUAACAGCGUGGGACCAGGUUACCCAAGGGCUGCUUCAGUCUGUGGGACUGGUCCUCUUACAGGUGCCACAUUAUAUUUCCUCUGCGUUGGCAAAAAAAUCAACCUUUUAGCAUAGCAGCACCUACAUUUCGGAACUUUCUGCCUAUUGACAUUGCCUUCCCUGCACUCGUUUUGGAACCUGCUUGAAGCAUUUUUGUUUCCAGACAUGUAGGGUGCUGGCAUGCAUUUUAAUUUUGUAUUAGCUUAUUGUUGAUUUUAAUUAUGUUUCCAAUUUUCAAAAUAUCCGUUUUUAGCAUUUGUCUUUUAUCGACAAUGCUAAUGUUUGUUUUUCUAAAUGUCUGAGAGGUUCUGUUUACACCCAAGCAGCAUCUACGUUUUGUUGAAUGAAUAAAGGAUUGCUUGUAGGGAGUUGCAGCUCGGUGGCAAGAUUUAAACUGAAUCGUACCCAUCCCUGGAACAAGGGAGGAUACUAAAGUACAGGGUGCUCCUGAGAAUGUACAGAGUAUCCCCUCCCCUAUGGCUACUUUGCACCUCGCCCAUUUCUUAUCCAGAAAGCACACACUGCAUAAGAUAAGCUUGCAGCCCACAUACAGCCCAACAUAUUAAUUAUUAUUAUAUUGGAAUUUAUUACCUGCUCUUCACCAUAGUAGGUGACAGCAAUUUAAAAUUCAGAACAUGUGAUCCUUGGGUAUGUAUGCCUAUUCUGGACACGAGUUCAUGCAUAGAGUAUUAGGGAUGCCAACUUCCCUGCCCAGCUCUUUCCCCUUUACCUUUGAACAGCAGGAUAAUCUGCAGACAGUAGCAGGAGAUGGUUAAAAAAAGGAAUACACUCACAAAAUUGUUGGGUUUGAAAGGGCCUCGGGGGUCAUCUAGCCUAACCCCGUGGAAUCCAAGAAUCCUGCCCACAGCCACCCCUGGGUGGGCUCAAACGACCAACCUUCUGGUUAAUAGCCACACACACUAACCCAUUGUGCCACUAGCUGCUCCAGGUCAAGUAAGUCUGACCCAUAAUAACAACAAUAAUAAUAAUUUAUUAUUUAUACCCCGCCCAUCUGGCUGGGUUUCCCCAGCCACUUUGAACAGCUCCCAACAGAAUAUUAAAAACACGACAAAACAUCAAACACUAAAAACUUCCCUAAACAGGGCUGCCUUAAGAUGUCUUCUAAAAGUCAGAGAGUUGUUUCUUUCCUUGAUAUCUGAUGGGAGGGUGUUCCACAUGGUGGGUGCCGCUACCAAGAAGGUCCUCUGUCUGGUUCCCUGUAACCUCACUUCUCGCAGUGAUGGAAGUGCCAGAAGGCCCUUGGAGCUGGACCUCAGCUGAACAAGGGGGUGGAGACGCUCCUUCAGGUAUACUGGGCCGAGGGCGUUUAGGGCUUUAAAGGUCACGACCAAGACUUUGAAUUGUGCUUGGAAACAUUCUGGGAGGCAAUGUAGGUCUUUCAGGACCGGUGUUAUAUGGUCUUGAUGGUCACUCCCAGUCACCAGUCUAGCUGCCGCAUUCUGGAUUGUAGUUUCCGGCUCACUUUCAAAGGUAGCCCCACGUAGAGUGUAUUGCAGUAGUCCAAGUGGGAGAUAACUAAAGCAUGCACCACUCUGGCGAGACAGUCCGCGGGCCAUCAAGUUGCCGUGAAAAGCACAGUAACAAUAGGCCAGGCCGGUCAGUUGGCAACCUCGCCCCCACUCAGCACGUGUCCUUUGGGAAGCCACAGCUAGCGGCUUCAGGCCUGUAUGUAGAUGGAGUCGGAGAAUGCGAGUGCCACAAGCGGUGGACUUUGCUUAGGAAGGGAGAGAACACACAACAUGUGCAGUGCCCAUAAUGAGUCAUAGCCAACCUCCACUCAUCAGGGCAGCCUCUUUUUUCAGAUGGGAAGGCGUAACUUUGCAACUGCCUCUUCCCCACCCCCUCUUUUGCUUUAGAAAUUAAGCGCUAUUUAGCCGGCGGGGUGCAAGCAAGGGAGGGGAGGGGGUGAGAGGCAGCGGCUUCAAAUCGGUGUGGACAGCAGCUAGAUCGCCCCAAGGCCACCUCUCCGUGCAUCGCUAGAACAUUGUGCGCUCUUGGUGGUGAUGCUGCCGAUGACACAGAGCCCUGCCUCUGUGGUGGGCUGCAGGCCUGAGCGAGGGGAGGGUGCAGAUGUCUGUCACUUGGCAGCCAGGAAUGCAAGCAGAGAGGAGGGGGCAGCUGCUGUUUGGUUUGUGUGUGUUUUUCUGUGGAGGGGAGUGGGCUAUCUCAAACGAUUGGGGGCGCUCAGCUGCAGGCAACAAUUAACUGAGCCGUGCUAGAGGUGACUGCCUGGCGUUUGAGGUUCUGGUGCUCGCCACAGAGGCUGGGAGCUGGGACUUGGCAGCCUGCCAGCACCUUCAGGGGCCAAGCGCUCGCUGGCUCACGCGCCUCUGUGUGUCUCUCUCUCUGUGUGCCUGCUGCAUCCCAGUGAGCCUGUGGAUGAACUCCAGAGCAAACCUGUUCUAUCCAGAGGCGGCUUGGGGUUUGAGUGGCUCUCGCCGCACCCAGUGUGCUCCCACCACUCACUUAGGAUGUGGUGCACACACAGCCAGCAUCUAUCCUGUCCGAAAUACUGCAUUUCAACACAUUUCGCCCAAAGCCAGUUCUAAUCCGAAUUGAUAAAAAGUAUGUUUUCCCUCCCUAUAGAACAUGGGUAGGUAAACUAAGGCCCGGGGGCUGGAUCCGGCCCAGUUGCCUUCUAAAUCCGGCCCGCAGAUGGUCCGGGAAUCAGUGUGUUUUUACAUGAGUAGAAUGUGUGCUUUUAUUUAAAAUGCAUCUCUGGGUUAUUUGUGGGGCAUAGGAAUUCGUUCAUUUAUUUUUUUCAAAAUAUAGUCUGUCCCCACACAAGGUCUGAGGGACAGUGGACCAGCCACCUGCUGAAAAAGUUUCUGACUCCUGCUAUAGAACAAAAUAUUAUGGGAAAACAUUAUGCCAAAGUUGGUAAAUGUGAGUACGAUUCACACCAUGCCUCUAAAGCAGGCAUCCCCAACCUUCGGCCCUCCAGAUGUUUUUGACUACAAUUCCCAUCAUCCCUGACCACUGGUCCUGUUAGCUAGGGAUCAUGGGAGUUGUAGGCCAAAACAUCUGGAGGGCCGCAGGUUGGGGAUGCCUGCUCUAAAGCAACAUGAGACCACUUUGAACAGUCAUGGCAUUCCCCCAAAGAAUUCUGGGAGCUGUAGUUUGUGAAAGGGACUGAGAGUUGUUAACAGAUGCACACAUCCCAUUCUCUUGCCAGAUGUACAGUUUCCAGAGUACGCUGAAAAAAGAGGCAUCAGUUGUUAAACUGCUCUGUGAAUUGUAGCUCCGUGAGAGGAAUGGGGGACUGGUAACAACUCUCAACACCCUUAACAAACUACAAGUCCCAGAAUUCUUUGGGGGAGAAGCCUUGACUGUUUAAAGUGGUAUCAUUGUGUCGUGAAUGUGCAUGCCCUCCAAAAUGUCUCCAAUGAAAAUAGGGACAUCCCAUUUCAUAAUGAUAAUUGUACUAUUUAUACCCCACACAUCUUACUGGGUUGCCCCAGCCGCUCUGGGCAGCUUCCAACGUAUAUAAAAACAUAAUAAAACAUUAAACUUUUUUUUAAAAAAACUUCCCUAAUACAGGAUUGCUUUCAGACAGCUCGGGGGUCAGAUAACUCCAUGUUGUUGUUGUUGUUGUUUAGUCAUUUAGUCGUGUCCGACUCUUCGUGACCCCAUGAACCAGAGCACGCCAGACACUCCUGUCUUCCACUGCCUCCCGCAGUUUGGUCAAACUGAUGCUGGUAGCUUCCAGAACACUAUCCAACCAUCUCGUCCUCUGUCGUCCCCUUGUGCCCUCCAUCUUUCCCAACAUCAGGGUCUUUUUCCAGGGAGUCUUCUCUUCUCAUGAGGUGGCCAAAGUAUUGGAGCCUCAGCUUCACGAUCUGUCCUUCCAGUGAGCACUCAGGGCUGAUUUCCUUAAGAAUGGAUACGUUCGAUCUUCUUGCAGUCCACGGGACGCUCAAGAGUCUCCUCCAGCACCAUAAUUCAAAAACAUCAAUUCUUCGGCAAUCAGCCUUCUUUAUGGUCCAGCUCUCACUUCCAUACAUCACUAGCUAACUAGAUAACUCCAUACCCUCCACCAUUUCUCCAAUGAAAAUAGGGACAUCCUAAGGAAAAGUGGGACUUUCCGGGAUCAAAUCAGAAACCAGGAUGGCUUCUCUAAAUCAGGGAUGCCCCUAGAAAUGUGGCGCUAACUGAAUUUUAAGGUAUGAAUGUGCCCAGAGCCCACAUGUAUUGAUGGCAUCAGGGUGUAAAAGUCCUGCUUUCAAUAACUGUUUGUGCCUGCAAAAGUUUUUUGUGGUCGGCAUACUGCUUUGAUUCCAGUUCUCCAUAACAUCCUGCUGAAAUACUGCAACUUUUUGCCCUACAAAUAUUCUGGUUUGUGUGUGCAGGGGGGGGGGGCGGGGUGUUGUUCUGCUAUAGUGAGUGCCUCUCCAGACAGUAGUAACAUUGAGGAAGCACCGCAGAACAAACACUUCUAUACUCACCCACCCAAGAUGUGCUUACUUGGUAUAAGCUGUAUCCCCCCUGCUAAAAAGAAAAAGAAAAAAGGGUGUGUUUACUCUUAGAAAUGUACAAAUAUUGGGAGUGGGGGACAGGGAAGCGAGGGCAAGAAUACAAAGAAGGAGGAAAACAAUGUGUAGAAAAGAAAUGCCCAUAAAAACCUGUGAUAAAAAAAUAAAUGCGGCUGGCUUUCCCAGCAUUUCUAAUAUGGGAUAGCUUUAACAGGGGUCAGCAAACUUUUUCAGCAGGGGGCCAGUCCACUGUCCCUCAAACGUUGUGGGGGGCCGGACUAUAUUUUGGAAAAAUAAUAAUGAACAAAUUCCUAUGCCCCACAAAUAACCCAGAGAUGCAUUUUAAAUAAAAACACACAUUCCACUCAUGUAAAAACACCAGGCAGGCCCCACAAAUAACCCAGAGAUGCAUUUUAAAUAAAAGGACACAUUUUACUCAUGUAAAAACACGCUGAUUCCUGGACUGUCCGCGGGCUGGAUUUAGAAGGCAAUUGGGCCGGAUCCAGCCCUGGGCCUUGGUUUGCCUACCCAUGAUUUAGCAUAUUCAGGAAUCAAAAGUUUUGUGUCUCUUUUGUAGGAAAUGUAUCCUUUUUUGUGCAUUCUGCAAUGAUGGGAGUUGAAGUGCCCCAUUGCACAUCACAUUUGCCAUAGUCAGCUUUCGCUUUCCAUCAAUUUGCAAUUCCUGGCAAGGGAGGGAGCCCAGCAGGCUGUGUUUUCUUGCGCUAUUUUAGUCUCUUGCAAGGCUCUUUAUCCCAGUUUCUCCAGGCCUUGGAGACUUUUGCCAGGAGCCUGGCGUUUCGACAUCUUCACAUUGCAGCAAGGAAGUUAAAUUGGGGUUUUUGUUUUUGGAUGGGCUUUCAACAGCCUUGAGAUGGGCAGGAAUCCAGCAACAGGGAGCUUCACCUCUCAUGGCUGGGGGCAGCCCAAAAUGUUUUGCUGCCUGAGGCAAAGGAUUAGAUGCUGCCCCACCUCACCAAUCCACAUACAAAAGUUGAUUCGACUGGCGGUUAAAUCUUACUUUGUGAGGGUCAUAGGGCAGUGCUAGAGCUUCUGUUUUUGCAUGAAAACAGUCAGAGCCCUUGCAAGACAGAGAUGCUCUGUUGCAGUUCUCUUGCCCUGAAUCUCCUACCAUUAAUUGGAUGCCUGCAGCUUCUAGCAUUAUGAGGGAGGGAGAAAAUCUUUGUUCCGUCUGCUUUCUCUACAUCAAGCAUAGUUUGCUACACUUCUAUCAAGCUCCCCCAUUCCUCACUUUUUUCUCUAAAUUAAAAAUCCCCAACAAUUGUAAUCUUUCAGUCAUAGAAGAGCUGAUCAUUUUGACUGCCCUUCUCUGCGCCCUUUCCACCUCUGGGAUAUCCACCUAAGGCUGGGAGUAAGCCCCAUUGAAGUUAAUAGGACUUACUUAUGAGUAGGGAUGGGCAAGUCUGUCCAUUUUGGUUUUUCCUCAGUUUCUAAUUUGCCCACUUUUAAAUCCAGUUUUCUGCAUUUCCUCAUUAGUUGGAAAUCUUCAUUUUUAAAAAUUAUCGUGAGGAUUCGCCCGCAAUUCAGUGUGAAUUUUUCCUAAUAUUAACCUUUUUCGUUUGCAAUUUUCGCCUGUUAUGCAUAUUUCUGCAAAGCAGUUUUCUGUAAUUUUGUAUGCUCUUUUUGCUACUGUUUGUAUCUUUUUGCACCCUUUACCCCAGUAUAUGCAUCUUUGUAUGCAAUACUUUGAUGGAGAACUGCAUUGCAAAAUUCAGAGGGCAGAUUUCGAAGGACGGCUGCUUCAGUUUGCAUAUUGUUUUGGGAACUGUGCAUUAUGUAGGUUCCCCUGUGAAGGCAAACUGGGUUGAAUUUCUCCUUCAGCCCUACUUCUGAGCAGACAUGGCUUGGAUUGCACUGUAAGACAGCUGAGACGUGUGUUCGGUGCAGAAUGACACAUCGUGCCAGGAGGAAAAAUGGGGAAAGGCCAUGUAAAUUUGGCCAAAGAAAGAUGCCAAAGUAUAAAACUGUGUAUUUCAAAGUUUUGUGAAAUCCUGGACGUCCAUUAAAGACAAGCUGCUUCUUUACGCUUCUCUACACACACAGCUCUCAGUCUGAACAUCCUGGCAGCAAUUCAGAAAAUCCAGAACAUUUAACAAAUCUGUUCCUUGGUCAGGCCUUGCAAAUAAGCUCACUAAAGUUACUAGCCUGGGAAGAACUUACUAGCCCAGUUUAAGUAAGACCAAAGAGGGACAGAGAGCUCUGAAGGAGCUUCCAUCCUCUAGUCUGCCAGGUCCUAAUUCAACACUCUAACCACUACACCAUGCUGGCUCCCAUGGAGAAUCAAAGUUGGCGCACACCUGAUUUUCUUGACUUCUCUUUAAUUUCCUCCAGCUUUUCCUUCUCCCAACUCACCCGCGGGCUUCGCUGUGCAUGACGGAGAAGAGACGGAUUUCCCAUUCCCCCAGCCCUGAGCCUCUCUCAGGGCUGCGAACUCAGAGGUGCUUCACAACAUGAGACUCUCCGGCAAAGGUCUCCCACUGGCAUGUCUCCUAGGUAGGUUCCUUGUUGCUGGCAGGUCUUAUCAGGAAGUUCAUGUCGCACAAUAUAGAACUGGGUCUUUAGCAAUGCUUUCCUUCUAAUAAAAGUGGUACUGGUGGUGUGUACUCUUGAGUAUUCCACAACCACUUAAAGACCCGCUGAAAGGCUCUCUCCCUGUUCCCUGCACCUUUUCCUCCAGUUCUGUUUUACAGCCCUGUUUCUGAUGCCUGGACGUCCAUGCUGCCUAGCUCCAUCCAAGCCCUGAAGGGCUCCUGUGUGGUCAUUCCCUGCUCGUUCACCUUCCCAGGUUCCCGCGAUUCCUGGGGUGGCAAGUUCAGUGUGGCUUGGUAUCAGUACCGGUCGAGAGGGUACCCUGAAAUCUACAACAGCAAAAGCCAGGGCAGCGUCCUGUCGGAGUACCAGGGGCGGACGGAGGUCCUGGGAGACCUAGAGAUGGGGAACUGCACCCUUAGCAUCAACCCUGUUCGCAGCGAGGAUGCCAUGAGCUACUAUGUCUGGAUCAACCCCGAUUCGGUUAAACACCGCUUCUACGACGUCACGGUCCGGGUGGACGUAGCAGGUGAGGAGGACCCGUGCAUCCAGGCCGGGGAGUAGUGAUGAUGAUUUAAUGAGGAUGAUGACUUAAACUUUCAUACCGCCCUAUACCUGCAGGUCUCAGGAAGGUUCACAACAUAAAAACACAAAAGGCAUAGUAAAAACAAAAACAAGAACCUCUCGCCUCCAUCCUGAGCCUCUUCCUCCCCCUUCCUGCCCUCAGAACUUCCUUCCAAACUCAACCCCCCCAAAGGCUCCUGCCUCUCCCCACAUGGGCUCCCCUCCAACGCCCCCCACCCACUUUGCUAAGAGGCAAGCUCCCCCCGGUCACCCCCACCCUGAAAUAGGGGCCUCACCUUACAAGCUGCCCCAUCUCAGGCCUCCUGACUCAAUCACCACCCCCACCUGGCUAGGACCCCCCAACCACUCCUUGCCCAUGUCACAUGACCCAUGGGGCUUGACACCCCCUUUCUGUGGGGAGGAUUAGGUGGGAGCUCAGCCUCCCCCCUCCCUGUGUCACGUGACUAUCGCUUCUCCCGGAAGACCCCCUUCCCAUCCCUGCUGCAUCCCGGUCUCUCGCUUGCUCGUGGAGGAAUCUCAUGGCCAGUCCCCAAAUUUGCCAUCUCUUUCUGGCCCUCAGGACUCUUCCCAGACCACACCCCAUCCUCAGGCCACACCCCUCACUGCCCUUUCUUCCCACCCUCCUUGAGAGAUUUUGCCUGGCUGGAAUACGUCCUUGAACUCUGAUCAUGCCUCUUGCGUACCUGGACGGAAGUUUGAGAAGGGUGUGGGAGAGGAAUGCUCUGCCCACUUUUGCCUCUGGCCUGACCCCGUCCACCGCUGGCACGUGCCCCCUGAAAGAUUUCUCACAAUGGAAUGUGGUCCUCAGGCUGAUUUGUAGCCUUUUUGCUUGCAGACACUCCGUCGCAACUGGAGAUGAGUGACCCAGGCUUACUGACCGAAGGCGACCGCACCCUGAUCACCUGUUCAACCCUGCACACCUGCCCCUUGGCUCCACCUACUCUGACCUGGAACCUUGUGGGAGGCAAGGCUGCCACAGUCCAGGAACGUCUUGCUGGGGGUUCCUGGCGGACGGAAUCAGGGCUCAGCUACAUCCCUUCGCACAAAGAUCAUGGCAAAUACCUGCAGUGCACAGCCACCUUCCCAAACCAGCAACAGUCUAGCAAUGGAAUCUACCUGCAGGUUAAAUGUGAGUGUCUGGACACAGUACUGUGGGUGGAGACUUGGUCAGAAGGCCCCCUUCACUUCAAAGCAAUGGAUGCUCUGCCCUUGAAAGUCAGCUCUCAUUUUAAAUUGUUAAGACGGUUUCUUCCAGCUACUGUGAGGACUAGUUACUUGCUAGCUUUAUAAAUGAAAGUGGGCAUGUUUUUUAAUCUAAGGUGAAAAGAUUCCUGCUGUUUAGGAAAGUCUGGGAAAGGGUGGAGGGGGUUUGAACAAUAAUUUUCUAAACCCACCUGAAGCAUAGAAACAAGAUGUUUGUAGCACAAUUUAGCACCCCCCCACCAUGCGUUUAAAGCCCAUGGCUCCCCCCCAAAACAAUCCUGAGAACUAUAGCAUCACAGUGCUACAAUUCCUAGCAGCCCAUGAUUCAUUGGGGAAAGUUGUGUGCUUUCAAUACAUGGUGUGACCCCCGUCACCCAUUGCAACCAUAUGGUGUUAUCCCCCUUUUUGUGUGAGCCUGCACCUUUAAUUCCUGGAAAACAGGUAGAAAUUCAGCAGGUGCAGACGGAGGCGUUGGGAUCAAUAGGUGAGGCGUAGGAUGGAGUGUGCAGCCUUAGCAGCAAAAAUGGGUUUCCAUUUACCUCUAUCCUACUCUGACGGACUCUUUCAGAUUCUCCCAAAAAUGCUGUCGUCUCCGUCGUGGGGAACCCCAACCUGAAAGAAGGAGACAGCGUCACCCUCCGAUGCAGCAGCCAGAGCAAUCCCCCGGCCGUCAGUUACCGGUGGUUCUUCGGGCCUCGCAAAGCACCACUGCGGGCAGCAGGUGUUGGGCCAGAGGUGACCCUGGCAGAUGUGCGGAGGGACUCGGGGCCAUACCACUGUGUUGCAGAGAAUGAUGUCGGGAUGGGGAAAGACUCGCCGCCCACCUACCUCAACGUGGAGUGUAAGGAGAGGCUUUGAUUUCUUGUUUCAAUAUCACCGUAUUUAUCCGUGGCCUACUUAGGGCUUAGUGGCAAAGUCACACCAAGUUCAUGUUUAUGAUGUCAAGUUGCCACCUUUUUCUUCGCCUGGAGCUCCUAUGCUUUUGUAAAAACGCAAUGGGUGAUUUUUGUUGUUGCUGCUGUUAUGGCAUCUCCAUGCCUGGGAAAGCUUUCCCGGAUGAAUUUCUGCCCACCAGGCACAACCCGAUAAUGCAUGUUAAGCAGAGGCACCGAGAUGCGCCCAACGUUGGGGGGGAGGCCUCCAGUUUAAAGCAUGUGACUUCCCCCAAUGAUCCUGAGAACUAUAGUUUACCCCUCACAGGGCUACAGUUCCCAGCACCCCUAACUGCAGUUCCCAAGAUUCUUUGGGGGAAAGUUGUGUGUGUUAAAUGUGUGGUGUGUGGUAUAUUGUGUAGAGAUUUAAAUGAUGGGACAGGGGAAUGGGGGAAACUAUUUCCCCACCCACUUUUUCAGCCCUUUACGUCUCUGUCUUCUUCCCUGCUCUACUAGCCUCAGUAAACUGGUAAAAAAAACUCUUGCAGGCUAGUACUUAUUUGCAAGGCUGCAUUAAGUGCACAUUUUAAAACCUUUUAAGCUUUUGGAAGUGUAGCAGCUUGGACCAUGGGAACACACACUGUGACGUGUGGUUGUUCUAGUUUUUAAAAUAUCCCUCUGCCAUCCUUGCAGAUAAGCCAGUGAUCCUGCCUCAAGGGAACUGCACCCUGUCACGGACUGGAGAGAUAGUAACGUGUUACUGCAUAGCCGAGGGAAACCCCUUACCCGAAAUCGAGUGGCGCCUACCAAACCGUACCGUUCCUGGGGAGUUCAACAGCUCUGAGCUGCAGGCAGCCUCAGUCUCCUGGGGACAGGCCAUCAUUGGGAUAUUGACAGGCCCCACCUCCAGCCUCACCAACGUGUCUUGCACAGCUACCAACCAACACGGGCCAAGCCAAAUCACACUGCCCACCAUCCAGGCAGGUAAGUAAGGUCUAAGUGCUAAUAAGAGGUAUCUGGGAACAUAGGAAGCUGCCUUAAACCAAGUGAGACCAUUGGUCCAUCUGGCUCAAUAUUGUCAGCUCUGGCUGGCAGCAGCUCUCAGCACUAUAUGGAGAUGCCGGCUGAGCAUCUUCUGCAUGCAACACAAAUUAUCUCCAUGAGACAUGGGGACAAAUCUGUCACUUUGGGUCUCUCUCAGUUUCUUAUUUUUCCAAUAUUCAGUUCUCCACAUCAGUUCACAAUUAUAUAAAAAAAGUUGGUAUGAGGAUACGUCAGUGUGAAUUAGUAUGAAUCUCUCCCAAUGUGCACAUUUUUGAAAGCAAUUUCCCCUCAUACAAUGCAUUUCCCCCUCUUAACUAGUAUAUGCAGUUUUACUCACAUUAAUUGUUUGGAGUACUACAUUGCAAAAGUCAGAAGAGUGCAAAUUUUGAAAGGGUUACAGUACAGAGUUCCAAGAUGUGCGAAUUAAGUAGAUUCACCACAUGUAAGGGCUGAACUACAUGUGAUGGGUUUGGGCCUUUGCUUCCUAGCUGUUUUAUUUACUAAACGGGAGACGCAGGAGCUGUGGGUGUGGGGAACAAUCCAUAUCAGAGGAGGGUUAUAAAACCCUUUCUCCAUGCUACGGUCGAGAUCCAGACCUUUCCCCACCCUCACCCAACCCCUGCACUUCUGAAAUGGCGGUGCUCUGUGCUCUAGGUCUAGACCAGAGGUUGUCAACCUGGUCCCUACCGUCCACCAGUGGGCAUUUCAGGAUUCUAGGUGGUCGGUAGGGGGUUCUAUGGCACAAGCUGAAUCCUCCUUCCAUCGACCACUGGUGAGCGGUAAGGAAAUUUGACCAUUAAGAAAUAUGCAUUAGUGAGAGGUAGGUAAAAAAAGGUUGACUGCCCCUGGUCUAGACAUUCGUUUUAUUCCCCACGAUGCCUCAGAGUGGCAGUAAGCCAGAGGAAUUGUGGGAAAUUAGAAGGAUGGCUAAAUCAAGCCAUGGGACACGUUUUGGAAUCCUGGACCAAAAAGGGAUGGAGGACCAAAGGCAGGCACCACCAGUGACUUGGGGGCUUGGCUGAUGGCCAAGGAUACUAGGGGCUGAUGCUGACCUUUCUGGCAGGCUUAGCAUCCAACAGGUGAAGCUGUCAUGGAGAAGGUACCACCUGGAUUUCUGCCAGUCAGCUGACUGCUAAAAGGGACCUUAAAUCUCAUCUGCCUGCGGACGGCCUCUUUGCAAAGGACAGCCGCCAGGUUUCACUGUCUCUUUUUGCAGGGGACACCACCCUCCUGCUCAUGGCCUCUGGGGGUGCCGUUGGGGGCCUCCUCUUCUUCUCCCUGCUGGGAACGAUUAUCUACAAGGUGACGAAAAGCAGGUGAGCAGCUGGCUUCAUCCACAGCACUGUUAGCAAGUAGAUGCUAGCUUUCAUUAUUUAGCAAAAACCGGCUUAUGUACCCUCUUCCCCCACCCUCUCCCCUGUCUCCGUUACUGUGGAGGGUUGCCAACUUUUUUUACAGGCUGAUGCUCCUGCGCCUUUCAGAGAAGCCUGAUCUGCAGACAUGAGCAGUUGAUCCCCAUGGCUGGGGAAGCUUCACCUGCAUCAGUCUUCCAUGAACGGUGCUAGAUUCUCCCACCGCUAUCGGUUGGCAACCUUAUCCCCACAUCCCACUUAUAACAUCACUUUUUUUCUUUUCACUCCUCCCUUUCUGCCACUAGAAAAAAGGGGCAGAAGAAAGAGGAAGACGAGGAGCAGGAGGACCCUACGCUGUAUGUCACGGAUGAAAAUGGAGAGCAGAAGACGUCUCUCAAAGUAGAGAAGCCCUCCAGGUCCAAGAAGAAAGAGGAGCAGUUCAACAUGUACAGCAAGUCGAAGGGGGGAGGAAGCCCAGCUGCUGACAAUGUAGGGGAAGGCUCAGGGCAGUACAAUACUCAGGGGCGGAUCUACUGUGAAACUAGCUCAGCCCUGAUAGCUCAGUUGGUUAGAGUGUGGGGCUGAUAAUGCUAAGGUUGCCGGUUCGCUCCCUGUGUGGGACAGCUGCAUAUUCCUUCAUUGCAGUGCAUUGGAUGAAAUGAUCCACAGGGUCCCUUCCAAUUCUAUAAUUCUAUAAUGAAACUUAAGCCUCGGGCUCCUAAUCCUGGAGGAACCCCAGAACUUGCUUUCGUCCACAUUGCUUAAAAACUAUGAGAUCCCAUAUGAGUUGCAUGACUCAAAUUGAUUAUUAUUAUUUCAUAGAAUCAUAGAACUGUAGAGUUAGGGAUGCAGGUGGCGCUGCGGUCUAAACCACUGAGUCUCUUGGGCUUGCCAAUUGGAAGGUUGGCAGUUCGAAUCCCUGCCAUGGGGUGAGCUCCCAUUGCUCUGUCCCAGCUCCUGCCAACCUAGCAGUUUGAAAGCACAUCAAAGUGCAAGUAGAUAAAUAGGUACAGCUGUGGCGGGAAGGUAAACGACAUUUCCGUGCGCUCUGGUUUCCAUCACAGUGUUCCGUUGCGCCAGAAGCUGUUUAGUCAUUCUGGCCACAUGAAAGCUGUCUGUGGACAAACACUGGCUCCCCUCAGCCUCAAAAUGAGAUGAGUGCCGCAACCCCAUAGUCGCCUUUGACUGGACUUAACUGUCCAGGGGUCCUUUACCUUACCUUUAGAGUUGGAAGGGGUCUCGUCUGACCCCUCUGCAAUGACUGAUGUGGGGUUCAAACCCACAACUCUGAGAUUAAGAGUUUCAUGCUCUACCAACUGAGCUAUCUUGUUAAAGAAGAUGACUUGUUGUAUAUAUUUCAACAAUCCCAAAGUCUGAGAGUCAGUACUGCAGAUGUUGUAAAGGUUUGGUGAUCUGAUGUGGAACAACCCCACUGAUGAUGAUAAUAGAGGUUACCCAGACUUUGUUGCUGGUUGCGAAGGGGCCCCCAUGGCAGUUCAGCCCCCCCAAGUGUAGGUCUGCCACUGGCAACAUACAGCUUCUCCAAAGCAAUCAUAUUAUUAUUAUUAAUUUGAGACCAUCACACCAUGAAAACAGAUCAAAACAACCCUACCACAGGAAGCCUGGGCAACACACUUGUAACAAAACAGCGCCCAUCUUAGUCUAUCGAAAGCCUGGACAGUUAGGUGGGGAAAUAAGUUUUUACUUGGUGCCAAAACAUAUGUCGACAAAGACACCAGGUGGCCCUCACUGGGGGAAACACAUUUCACAAAUGGGGAGCCUCAACUAAAAAGGCUCCUCUUCCUUAUCACUGCCCUCUGAGCCUCCCUCAGAUGGGGGAACUGGAGAAGGGCCUCCGAAAGCAAUCUAAGGGUCUGAAUUAUGUUCAUAUCAGGUAGUUUGUUACAGGUGCUGGGAACUGUAGCUCCGUGAGAAGGGUAAACUACAGUUCCCAGGCUUCUUUAGGGAAAGCCAUGUGCUUCAAAUGGACUAAAACCCUUCCUUUCUCUUUUUUCUUUUUAGGAUCUGAGCACGAAGGCCUACGAAUCCAUGGCGGUGGCUGAAGAUUAUGAAAAUGUAUCAGCCGGUGAGCUGACUGGACUUUACGGAAACCUGGGCAACUGGCAGCCCGCCUCUGGAACCGACCAGAUUUACUCCAACGUCUGACCCGAGGAAGGAGAGAACUUUUGUCCAAAUGCUUUCCUUUUCCUUUUUUUUUCUAUUUAACAAGUGCUUGUAUAAUAACUAGAAGUAAUGCUAGCUAGACCAAUGGGGGUGAUUGAGUAGGAGAGCCGUGGGGGGAGGGAGGGAUGGUGUCAAAUUUGUACGCCCAAAUAAAUCUUCUGGGGCUCCCUCCAUGCAACGGUUACCUCCUACAAUUCCCUGGGGGAGUAUUGUUAGUAUAAACCCUCGGGACUCCCUGCUGCAGGGAAAACAAAAUACUAGUAUUAACUCUCAGGACUUCCUGCUCUUUGUGUGUGUGUCCAGGGAUAUGUUCUUGGGUGUAGAACCCCAGUUCCCAGUCCAUGAGGGGGAAUAUUUAUGACCUUACCCCCUGAGGCUCCUUUCUGUGAGGAAGUAUUAUUGAUCCUCACCCCUGGGAUUUCUUGCUGCGAGAGGGAUAGCAAAUGGCACUGAGCCCCUCCAAGACAGCCGGCUGAAGGGUGUUUGGAGGGUCGUGCUACUCUAAUCCUGUCUCUUUUUUUCUAUGGCUGAGGUCUUUCCUGCUGUGCUGAGCCCAUUGUGUCAGUGGAUUUUACUGUCAAGACUUUCAAAGUAUAUGUCUCUAUUUUUGUACUUUCAGCAUGAAUCUGUGGCUUUUAUUACUGUGAUUAAUUUGGGGGUGGCAAGGAGGGUGCCAUGGAGAUCUCUCAGCAGGGGUGGUGGCAGGAGGCGUCCUUAAACAGAAGACUUCUUCAAGCACACAGAAGAUUAGGGGUUGCUGUGUUUCCUUUCCCAACCAGGCUCCUGUCUGAACAGCUACAUGACAGUCAGAAAUAAAGCAGUUCCCUUUCUGCCACUGCACAGCACAGGUCAAAUGUCACCCUCCAGGCCCCUCUAGACCCAGCCAUCAGGACUUUCCCAAAACUACUGCUUUCAUCAGCAGUAGCGUAGUGGAAAAUUUAGAAGUUCGGGGUCUCUUUCUGAUAAUCACCCCCACGCCCCUUCUAAGAUUAUACAAUAAUAUUACAGUGGUACCUUGGGUUACAUACACUUCAGGUUACAUACGCUUCAGGUUACAGAUUCCGCUAACCCAGAAAUAUUACCUUGGGUUAAGAAAUUUGCUUCAGGAUAAGAACAGAAAUCAUGCACCGGCGGCGCAGCAGCAGGAGGAGGCCCCAUUAGCUAAAGUGGUGCUUCAGGUUAAGAACAGUUUCAGCUUAAGAACGGACCUCCGGAACGAAUUAAGUUCUUAACCCGAGGUACUACUGUAUAAUUAUACAACAACAACAACAACAACAACAACGAAUGCAUUGCAACAAUCAGUGCAGAUCUCCAUGUCUUGCCUUUCAGCAAGAUCCCCUAUUUUUUGUGCAAGUACACAUGGGCAAACGUUUUGGUAAGUGGUUUUUUCAACGAAGUGGCAAUGUACAUGACAAAAGUUGCACACCGUUCUCUUGAGACCGAAGCACCUUGUGCUUAAAGUUUUCCUAAAUGGUUACCUUUGGAGCGCACAGGAAACCCCCCACCCACUUCAGUCUACUUUCUGUGCAUCUCCUCCAGGGUGACCUUAGGUUUGGAAGUCUGGAACCCCCACUGGUCUGAGUACACCUUAUUCUGGGCCUCUAUGCAUGAAAUUCCCUUUUCCACACUUUGGUUUUUCAUGCUUACAUUUCCCUUCUAUUCAUAAAUUUUAAGGUGUUGAAACAUUUUCACAAGCAAUACUAUGAUAUACAGAAAGGCAGCACUACACAUACAACCCCAGACCCUCCAAGUGCCCCUAUUUUCCAAGGACGUCCCUGAUUUAGAAAAACCGUCCCAAUUUCUGAUUUGAUCCUGGAAUGUCCCGCUUUUCCUCAGGAUGCCCCUAUUUUCAAUGGAGAAAUGUUGACGGGUAUGGAGGUUUCUCUCCCCCUCCCCCAGCUGUCUGAAGGCAAUCCUGUAUAGAGAAGGUUUUUUUUUAAAUGUUUAAUGUUUUAUUGUUUUUUAUAUAUGUUGAAAGCUGCACAGAGUGGCUGAAACAACCCAGUAAGAUGUUGGGGGGGGGGUAUAAAUAGUAAAAUUUUCAUUAUG